CGAAAGAGGGGGAGAAAUAGAUUGCCAAACCCUAACCUCAGCUCCUCAUGGACGACGGCGACGGCGGCCUCAGCUUCGAUUUCGAGGGCGGCCUCGACACGGGCCCAGCGGCGGGCGGGCUAGCGCUGUCCUCGGCCGACGCCGGCGCGACCGGCGGCGGCGGUGGCGGAGAUGGGGGCGGGCACGGGCGAGGCCGCGGGCGCGGCAGCUACAGGCAGACGGUGUGCCGGCACUGGCUGCGUGGGCUGUGCAUGAAGGGCGAGGCGUGCGGGUUCCUCCACCAGUUCGACAAGGCCCGCAUGCCCGUGUGCCGCUUCUUCCGCGACUACGGCGAGUGCCGCGAGCCGGAUUGCGCCUACAAGCACUCCUACGACGACGUCAAGGAGUGCAACAUGUAUAAGAUGGGAUUUUGCCCUAACGGCCCAAAUUGUCGGUACAAGCAUGUCAAGUUGCCUGGACCACCACCUCCUGUCGAGGAAGUUCUCGCAAAGAUUUUGCAGAUGCGAUCUUCCAAUUUCAACAAGUUUAAUCAGCACAGGAACAAUAAUUAUAAUCAGCAGGGGGACAGGCCUCGACCUCCACCUGGUUCAGGCUUACCUAACCAAAAUUCGACAGACAAUGCUUCAACAAUGCAACCAGCUGCCGGGCAACAAGCUCAAACAAUGAAUCAACAGCCCCAACAGAAGCAGCAGCAGGUGCAGCAGCAGCAGAAGCCAAAUACAAACGACCAGGUUCAAGGUGUUCCAAAUGGCUCCUCUAAUCAACCCACCAGACUUGCAACACCCCUUCCACAAGGGUCAUCUAGGUACUUCAUUGUUAAGAGUUGCAAUCGGGAGAACCUGGAAAUAUCAGUUCAGCAGGGAAUCUGGGCUACUCAAAGGAGUAAUGAGGCUAAACUAAAUGAAGCUUUUGAAUCCAUGGACAAUGUUAUUUUAAUAUUCUCAAUCAAUAGAACACGUAAUUUCCAGGGUUGUGCAAAGAUGACUUCGAGGAUUGGUGGCUACAUUGGUGGCGGAAACUGGAAAUCUGCUAACGGAACAGCACAUUAUGGUCGGAACUUCUCACUACAGUGGCUUAAGCUUUGCGAAUUGUCAUUUCAGAAAACUCAUCAUCUUCGCAACCCAUACAAUGACAAUCUCCCUGUCAAGAUCAGUCGAGAUUGCCAGGAAUUAGAACCUUUCAUUGGUGAGCAAUUGGCUUCUCUGCUUUAUCUGGAGCCAGAUAGCGAACUUACGGCUAUGCUAGUUGCAGCAGAGGCCAAGAGAGAAGAGGAAAAGGCAAAGGGAGUCAGUGCUGACGAAGCAGCUGACAACCAAGAUAUUGUGCUGUUUGAGGACAAUGAAGAAGAGGAGGAAGAGGAAAGUGAGGAGGAAGAGGAAAACAAUGGCCAGGAAUCCCAGGGAAGGGGGCGUGGAAGGGGAAUGAUGUGGCCGCCUCAGAUGCAGAUGCCACGCGGACCAAUGAUGGGACCGCGCGGCUUCCCUCCCAACAUGAUGGGCGAUUUUGGUGGCGGUUUCGGCUUUGGCAUGCCCGAUCCGUUCGGCAUGCCGCGUGGCUUCCCACCAUUCGGUGGCCCAAGGUUCCCCGGUGACUUCCCCAGAGGUCCCAUGCCUGGCAUGGUCUUCCCCGGAAGGCCUCCGCAGCCCGGCGGCAUGUUCCCCAUGGGCCUCGAGAUGAUGAUGGGCCCCGGCCGAGGGCCGCUCAUGGGAAUGGGCGGGCCUGGGCGGCCGAACCGCCCCAUUGGCAUGGCCCCCUUCAUGCCGCCGCCGCCACCCCGUCCCGUGAAACGGGACCAGAGGAGGCCGGGCGGUGACAACAGGGGUGACAGGUACGAGACAGGGUCUGACCAGGGGAGCAGGGGGCAUGACAACAACGCCGGCAACUCUGGAGCAGACGGGAACAGGUCCCAGUCCGGGGACAGGUUCGGCAGGAGCGCCUUCCGGGACGACGACAGUGAGAGCGACGAGGAGGCGGCGCCCAGGCGGUCAAGGAAGCGAUAGGGCUUCUCGAGAACCAACCUUUGAUCCGUGGAGACUGAUCAUCUUCUCCUCUCUGCAGAGACGAGUUGUGCUGAGAACUGAAAAGCGAGCUCGAACAGGAGCAAUAGAUGUUGUCUGUUGUUACAUUUUUGUUUUAUACUCAGAUUGGAAUCGGAUGGUGUCGUCGACUCUGGUUGCUGGGUGGUCUGCCCCAGCCGUGUUGUGGUCAUUAAGAGUUUAUACUCGUGCGGCAAGACUUGAGAGAUCAUUUUGUGACAUGUUGAGAUUGAUGGCUUGAUCCUGUGGUUGAUAAUAUAUCCAGUUAGGACUCAUAUGACAAA